AUGUCUAUAACACUUUAUUUUAAUCCUUAUUCACAUAGAUGUCUAUCAGUUAAGACAGUCUUAUUGCUAACUAAGAGUGGUUUCAAUGAAAAAAUCAUUGAUGUUCUGAAAGGAGAAAAUCUCAAACAUGCUUUUACUAAUAUUAAUCCUAACUAAACUGUUCCAGCCAUUACUGAAGGGUUUUUCAGUUUAUUUGAAAGCCAUGCAAUAAUAAAAUACAUUUGCAUAAAUAAACCUGAUUUCAGAUUAUAUCCUAAUGUAAAAAAAGCAUUUAAUAUAUAAAUAAGACUUUAUAAGAUAAAGCUUUAGUGGAUUCAUAUUUAGAUUGGCAAUAAAAUGAAUUUACUAAACUUUUAGAUUAUUCUAAAGAGUUUAUUUGAAACCUUUGUUGAUAGGAGAUAGAGUUCCUGAAAAUAGAGUUUCGAGAUUAGUAGAUGUUGAGGAAAUAUUACAUUUUUUUAUCAAAACUUUCCUAAACAAUGGCCAAUUUUAUUAUAUUUUUGAUUUACCAAACUUUACUAUUGCAGAUAUAAGGUAAUUAGUUUUAUAUUUUUUAAGAGCUGUCUGUGAUUUGACUUCCUUAUUUAUUUGUAAUUUUGAUUUCGAAAAGUUCCCUGUUUUAGAAAAAUAUAUUUUGAGAAUUUUAAAAAUACCAGAAUUAUAUCUAUCACAUUAGGAUUAUUUAAUUUAAUAUCGAAACAAAAAUAUAAAAAUCUGUUCAUUUAAUCAAUAUUGACAAGAUAACCUAAAUAAGAUCUAAUAACUCUAUAUUUUCAUCCGCUUUCAUCACCUUCAAGAGCUGUAAGAUCAUUAUUUUUAUUGGCUAAAAUUGAGUAUAAUGAAAAAUUUAUAGAUAUUCUGAAAUUCGAGAAUAAAUCUGAUCAAUAUACUCAAAUAAAUCCAAAUUAAACAGUUCCAUCAAUUAAAUAAGGCACUUUUACAUUAUUUGAAAGUCAUACAAUUUUAAAAUAUGUGUGUGAAUAAUAUCGACUAUUCGAAUUUUAUCCAUAAGAAAACCUAAGAUUUAAGGCUUAGAUAGAUAGUUAUCUAGAUUUUCAUCUUAAUUAAAUGAGAUAAAUAACAGAAUAUGUUAUGAGCGUAUAAAAGAAUUAGAAUGAGGAAUAGUUAAAAGCCAAAUAAAAAAAUAUAGAUUAAUAGUUAUAAUUUUUUACUAAAGCAUUUCUUAAUGAAGGGUAGUAUAAAUACAUAUAUAACCUUAAAACUAUCUCAAUAGCAGAUUUGAGGUAUAUUGUAUCUUUUAUUUUAGUGCAGUAAAUGAAAUCGUAUUUUUAGUAAUGGCAAAUUAUGAAUUUAAUAGUGUACCUCAAAUUAAAAAAUAUCUUACAAACAUUCUUGAUAAUUAGAAUGUGAGGUAGUCUAACAAAGAAUAUUUUUCAUUAAUAUGCAAUAAUUAACUUAAUAAUUUUAAUUAAUUUAAUAAAUAAAUAAUAGCAUCUUCAAAAAAAAGGGGAUGUUCUUGA